AUGUUGUAAACAAAAAUGAAUCGAAAUAAAUGGGAUUUAGAAAACGUGGGUUUCUUCCGUGAAUCUAUUUAGCCAUUUAAGUUUGUAACUUCUUCAUCAGUAAAUGAGCAGCGCGGUGACUCAUUGACAGGAGCGCUCUCUGCUCCCAGCAUUUCUACCAUUCUUCUUAGGGGACUGGCCCCGGCCUGAUGUCAGCGAUUAAGAAGCGAUAAGUAAACAGGAACUGUUUAUGUGAACCAAAGAAAAUCAGCUGGAAUCGGUUGUUCAUUCUCCUCUACUUCUGAUAUUAGGCCAAUCCGCAUGGAGCCAACAAAUCUCCAGAAAGCUAUUGCUGUAGCCCAGAAAGCAUCACAGGAGGACCAGGCUGGGAACUUUGAAGAGGCCAUUCAGUCCUACCAGCAUGCCGUCAAGUAUUUUCUUCAUAUUUUGAAACGAGAACCUCAGGGGAAAGAGGGCAACCAGAAGAUUAGAGAUACAUGUAAUCACUAUCUGGACAGAGUGGAAGAGCUGCAACAGUACCUAAUGAAUAAAGAGAAAGCGAUUGAUCUCGCUGGCAAGGCAGCUCAGGAGGAUAAAGCUCAGAACUAUGAGGAGGCACUGCGUCUUUAUCAGGCUGCUGUUCAGUACUUUCUACAUGUGGUAAAAUAUGAGGCCCAGGGUGACAAAGCAAAACAGAGCAUCCGAGCAAAAUGUGCUGAAUACCUGGACAGAGCAGAAAAGCUGAAGGAGUUUCUGAAAAAGAAAGAAAAGGCUCCUCCUGCUAAGCCUGUCAAGGAGUCGCAGUCUGAUGACAAAGGGAAUGAAAGUGACGAGGGGGAUGAUCCAGAGAAGAAAAAAUUCCAAAAUCAGCUCUCAGGUGCAAUUGUUAUGGAGAAGCCAAACAUCAAAUGGAAUGAUGUUGCUGGUUUAGAAGGAGCCAAGGAGGCUUUAAAAGAGGCUGUUAUUCUUCCAAUCAAAUUCCCCCACCUUUUCACAGGAAAGAGAACUCCGUGGAGGGGGAUCUUGCUCUUUGGGCCCCCUGGUACCGGAAAGUCCUACCUAGCUAAAGCUGUGGCAACCGAGGCAAACAACUCUACCUUCUUCUCAAUCUCUUCAUCAGACCUCGUCUCCAAAUGGCUUGGAGAGAGUGAAAAAUUGGUGAAGAAUCUUUUCAGCCUUGCGAGGGAGCAUAAGCCUUCUAUCAUCUUUAUUGAUGAGAUCGACUCGUUGUGCGGAUCAAGGAGUGAAAACGAGAGUGAAGCUGCUCGCAGGAUUAAGACAGAGUUCCUGGUUCAGAUGCAAGGUGUGGGUAACGAUAAUGAGGGAGUGCUGGUGCUGGGAGCAACGAACAUCCCCUGGACCCUAGACUCUGCCAUCAGAAGAAGAUUUGAGAAGAGGAUCUACAUACCGCUGCCUGAGGAGCACGCUCGCUCCUUCAUGUUCAAACUCAACCUGGGCUCGACCCCCAACAGCCUCACAGAAUCGGACUUUACUGCUCUAGGCAAGAAGACGGACGGCUUUUCUGGGGCAGAUAUCAGCGUCAUGGUCAGAGAUGCUCUAAUGCAGCCGGUUCGAAAGGUCCAGUCAGCAACCCACUUCAAAAAGGUACGUGGUCCAUCCAGAACUGACCCAAAUGUUAUAAUCGAUGACCUCUUGACUCCAUGUUCUCCUGGUGAUCCCAAUGCCAUUGAAAUGACCUGGAUGGAGGUUCCUGGAGAGAAGCUACUGGAGCCAGUGGUGUCAAUGCCCGACAUGCUGAGGUCUCUGUCCAACACAAAGCCAACAGUUAAUGAACAGGACCUGGAGAAACUGAAAAAGUUCACAGAAGACUUUGGACAAGAAGGCUAGAUUGAUCCAAAGAGCCAGACCAAAGCAACUGAAGUGUGAUUGUCUCUUUACUGUCUUUGACCCUUUUGCUCUUUGCCUCAUUCUGAUUAUUUUCUAAGCCCCAUGGGUUACUGAAGUGCACACUUAAAAAGGGUGGAAGGUUGUUGUUUUUUUUAUGUUCACUCCAGUCCAAAGAGAAUCAAAAGCCUUCUAUAUGUAGUUGUCUUGCUUAGAAGUAAAAGAGCCGGCACUGGAAACUGAGUUUAAUUUGGCCCUAAGUAUUACAGACUUAAAAACACAUUUGAGGAACCUUACGAAACACCUACGUCUGUAUUGAAAGUUAGCUAAAUUUGUGUUCUGCUUUACAAACUACAUUAUUAUUUCAUGCAUAAUCCUUUUUUAUGAAGAUAAAAUGUGUGUACCUUGCAUGGUCCACAUUGAGUUGGCUUCAUAUGAUCAGGUUUUAUAGGUGAUGUAUCCUUAGAUUGCAGGUAAAUAUAAAACUUGGAAACCAUCUUGGAUACAAAAGCCUUGAAGAUUUUUGUUAUUAUUUAAGUAAUUUUCAAGGAAAUCAGUUGCAGGCAAAUGUGUUAAGUCUUUGUCAUUUAAAUAAAUAUGGGCCUUUAAGAAUUGCCAUUGUGGUUAAACCAGCAUUAUUCCAUCAUCCCUGAAGGACCCAAUGGCUUUGAGGUAUUUUCCAGCUCAGCAAGGGUUUCUCUCUAUAAACAACUGUACAUAUUCAUUUAUACUAAAAGGCUUUGCUGAUUUUCUUUAAAAACUUAAGAAAAAAUAGGCCUUAUAUUGAAAUAAAAUCUAUUUGGUUUCUAGCAAAUUU